CUUCUCUGCUGACAGAAGACGGGGAGCUUUUGGUUUUUUUUUAUAUUAUACACUGUCCGUGUGUGCCUUUAUUGACAGUGUGCGGAAGAAGGAUAUAUCCCAGGUGGAGGUGCUUUGUCUUUAAAGCGGGAAAAACGUCCUAAAAGUGCGACAUGACAUUAACGCGUUUCAUACGGAGUGAGUGAACGCAGGACCGAGUGCAGUUUUUGCUGUUACUAUGUAUGCUUAGCUGCUUGUGUUUACCAGCUAGCAUGACAGCUAACUAACAUGUACAGCUCGAGCCUUUCCUCUUUGAUACGACAAAUAAUGUAUGGACAAAAUAUUUUGGGUUAUAAUUUAAACGACACUGCUUAGAUGCUAUGCGGGAUUAUGAAGUUUUAUUCAGGUUAGUUAUUAUUUUGUUCUGAAAAAAUAUAUAUCUAUAUAGAAGUAAUAAUUUCUAGAACAAGUCAACAUUUUCAAAUCGUAACCGGUUGUUUGGCAAGUGGUUUAUGAAGUAAGGAGACUUCCGGUUACUAUUACAUACGCAGCUUUAUGUUUUUUCAGAAGGUUAAACCGAUCUAUCCCUGUCCCGACCUGCUAAAGCAUGCUGCAAGAAUGCGGUCUGUAAGCAGAAGAGAUGCUGGGGUCUGGCAGCAAACCAAGAGCCUCCUCUACAAAAACCUCCUCAUCAAAUGGAGGACCAAGCAACAAAGUCUACAGGAGCUGAUCCUUCCUCUGCUCCUUUUGGGCCUUCUCAUUCUCAUCAGCAUGUUGAACCCUCAUAUCUCUUAUGACAGCAUCAGUACUACUGAGCUUGAGGAUGAGGAGUACCUGUCAUUCAAAGGCCUGGGCUACACCCCCAUAACUAAUGUCACAAGUCAGAUUAUGGAGGAGGUGGCACAAGAGCUACACAUGCAGGAUCGAUUGGAGAUGUUCUCUAGUGAAGAAGACCUAGAAAACGCCAGCCUGUAUGAGCCACUUAGCUACGUGGGUGUGGUGUUUCUUGAUAAAAUGUCCUACCAGCUACGGUUUCCUUACUAUCAGGUUCCCCUACCUAGUGACUACACUGAGUCAAUUGCAAACUGUUAUGCAAAUCAUUUAAACUGCCGUGCAGCGAACUACUGGUACUCUGGGUUCAUACGUCUACAAUCGCUGAUCGACGCUGCUAUCAUUCAGAUGCAGACGAAACGUUCGGCUUGGAGAGAGCUGAAUGUGCAUGUGGUAAUGAUGGGUCACCCAGGCUCAGUAGAGGUCCAGAAGUUUCCCCAUGCACUCAUCUCCAUCUAUCUAGUGCUGGCCUUUACACCAUUUGUCUCCUUUCUCAUUGUCAAUGUAGCAGCUGAGAAAGAGCAUCGACUCAAAGACACCAUGAGCAUGAUGGGAUUGUAUGACACAUCGUUCUGGCUCUCAUGGGGUCUUCUCUACGCUGCCCUGGUGACCACUAUGUCUGUUCUUAUGGCUGUUAUUGCCACAUGGACCCCGCUCUUCUCCAACAGCAACUUCCUCGUUAUCUUCCUCCUCAUUUUCCUUUAUGGAAUAUCAACUAUCUUCUUUUCCUUCAUGCUGACCCCUUUGUUUAAGAAACCCAAGUUUGCAAGCACAACAGGCUCCAUGCUGACCCUGGUGUUUGGCUCUUUUUCUUUGUUUACUGUGCUGAUGAGAGACUUUCCCCAGCUGGCUGUGUGGAUGCUCUGCCUGCUUUCCCCUAGUGCAUUCUCAAUUGGUAUUGCACAGGUGGUGUAUCUGGAGGCGCAGGAGGAUGGGGCAGUCUUUUCCACUCUGGCUAAUGGCCCUCAUCCACUGUAUGUGCCAUUGCUUAUGCUUUGUUUAGACUGCGUCCUCUAUCUGCUUCUUGCCAUUUACCUAGAGCAGGUUCUGCCAGGUGAGUUUGGAAUGCGACGUUCUAUAAUUUACUUCUUGAAGCCUUCUUAUUGGUCAAGACGACGAAAGCGAUAUGUGGAAGUAAGCUCUGUGUAUGAGGCAGAGGUGAAUGGAACUCCUACUGCUGAUGAAUCGGUAGAGCCUGUUUCUCCUGAGUUUAGAGGCAAAGAAGCUAUCAGGAUCUGUAACAUCCGUAAAACCUAUAAAGGGAAAGACAACACAGUGGAAGCACUGAGAGGUUUGACCUUUGACAUCUAUGAAGGCCAAAUUACGGCUCUUUUGGGUCACAGUGGAGCAGGAAAAUCUACACUCAUGAACAUCCUGUGUGGCAUAUGUCCUCCAACAGAAGGCUCUGCGACUAUAUAUGGCUCCCCGGUUGCGGAAAUAGCAGAUGGGGCUGAGAUGAAGCAGCUUGUGGGGAUCUGCCCUCAGUUCAACAUUAUCUUCGAUGUGCUGACUGUGGAGGAGCACCUGAAGAUAUUUGCAGCUAUUAAAGGCAUUCUGCCUUGUGACAUUGACAGUGAGGUUAAGAAAGUUUUAAAAGCUCUAGACCUGGAGAAGAUUAUGGAUGCACAGGCCAAGAACCUGAGUGGAGGUCAGAAGAGGAAGCUGUCUGUGGGGAUUGCAAUUCUAGGAGACCCCAAGAUCCUACUUCUGGAUGAACCUACAGCUGGUAUGGACCCAGUGUCUCGUCACCAGGUGUGGACAUUACUGAAGAGUCGCAGAGCAGGCAGAGUUACUGUCCUUAGCACACAUUACAUGGAUGAAGCAGACAUUCUUGCAGAUCGUAAGGCAGUUAUCUCUCAAGGCCAACUGAAAUGUGUGGGUUCUUCACUCUACCUCAAAACCAAAUGUGGUGUUGGCUACCACCUCAGGAUGUCUGUGACUGAAACCUGUGAGGUAGACAGUCUCGCAUCAUUGGUCAAGCAGCAUGUUUCGAAGGCGGAGUUGUCAAGGCAACAAGAAGCUGAACUAACAUUCACAUUGCCUUUUGAGAGCAUGGAAACAUUUCCAGGGCUUUUUGCUGAGCUGGACAGUAGAUCUGACUUAGGCAUCAUUAACUAUGGUGUUUCCAUGACAACCUUAGAAGAUGUCUUUCUGCGUUUGGAGGCAGAGGCCGAAGUGGACCAGGCAGACUACAGUGUGUUUAACCAGGAGAAGGUAGAAGAAGGAGGUGACCCCUCUUCUCUGGAUGAUGUAGACCAGAGACUGCUGACUUUCUCAGAAGGCAGGCAUGAUGCAGUGACGGGCCACACACUCUGGAGGCAGCAGUUUAGCACCGUGGCCUGGCUCCAUAUGCUUAAUUUACAGAGGGAAAAGAAACCAAUCAUAUACAAUGUGACGCUGUUCCUGGUCUUUUUAGCUGCAGUGCUGGUUCUAUCACUGGCUACGGGGAAUAUUCGGAUCCAUUCCCCUGAGAGACAGUUCCAGCCUAUUUAUUUGCUCCGCAGCCAUGAAGCACCUCACAAAUAUGCCACGAGCCUGCUCGUGCUCAACUCCUCAGACUCUGAUAUAUCGGGCUUUAUUCAUAACUUGGAGUCUCAAGACAUUAAGGUGGAAAUAAUGAAGAAACCAGACUACAUGUCUGCUGCACCUCACAGUGCUGCCAUCAAUGUAACGGGUUCUAUUAAGGGUUUUAGUUACAAUAUUGCAUUUAACAGUACUACAGUACACUCUUUGCCAAUGGCAGUGAAUGUUCUGAGCAACGCCCUUCUCAGAGGUUACAAUGGUACUGGUCAUAUAAACACCUGGACCAAACCUUCGACUAUGUGACAAAUACCAGAUUCAACAUCCUAUGCUCUGGUUUAUAUUGAGGCUGUGAUACUGGGUAUGCUGGCAGCUGGAAUGCCUGCAUAUUUUGCAAUGGACCAUACACGAGAUCGAGAGAUAAAGUGUCGUUCGACACUGAGGAUCUCUGGUUUGGUGCCGUCGGCAUACUGGUGUGGGCAGGCAGCUGUAGAUAUCCCCUUCUACUACCUCAUCCUCAUCUGUAUGACCUGCACAUUGUUUGCCUUUCACUCCACAGACCUGAUUUCCAACAGCAAUGUUUUGGCUGUGGUUAUUUGUCUCAUUGGUUUCUGCCCAGCCACGAUCCUCUUCACAUAUUGUGUAUCUUUCAUGUUUGCUAAAGUCCAGAGCAACAGAGACUUUUUCUCUGUUGUCUCUAUGAUGGUUUGUGUAGUCUCUGCCUCCAUUGUCCAGCUGUUUUUUGUGAAUGAUAAUCCUGGACUUACGCGUUUCCUGCAUAACGUGCUGUGUUUCUUCAACCCAUUGUAUCCUUUGAUGGGCUGCCUCAACUGCAUUACAAAGGCUACAUUCUUACGACCUUUUCAUGAGGAGUUCCUCUGGAAGAAUCUCGUUAUUGCUGUUAUAGCUCCCUAUUUCCAGUGCGUUUUGCUGCUUUUCUUGCUGCGAUGGUUAGAGAUUCGCUACGGAGGCCAAACUAUGAAAAAUGACCAGCUGUGCAGGAUUUCAUGUAAAGCCAAGGGCAAAGUGCAGCGAAACCCAGAGGAGAAUAUUAAUGAGGAUGAGGAUGUUAUGGUUGAGAAGGCUCGAGUGAGAGAGGCCCUCACUUGUCAGUGCUGUGAAGAGAAACCAGUAGUGGUGGUGAGUAACCUGAGAAAGGAGUACUUGGUGAAGAAAGAAGGCUUCUCCUUAAGUAAAAAGAGAAAAGUGGCUGCGAAAAACAUCUCCUUCUGUGUCCGAAAAGGUGAGGUCCUGGGGCUUUUGGGACCUAAUGGAGCAGGGAAGAGUACAAUCAUGCACAUGCUCUCUGGAGACACGACUCCCACUGCAGGACAAAUUUUAAUGGGAGACUAUGGCACAGAGUUCAGGCCAGUUGAAAACCCACUUGAGCAUGUUGGUUACUGCCCCCAGGUAAACCCAUUGUGGCCUCGGGUAACCCUACAGGAACACCUCCAGAUUUAUGCCACAAUUAAGGGUUUACACAACAAUGAUGUACCGAACAUAAUUAAACGUGUGGUUAAUGCACUGGAGUUGAAGGAUCAUCUUCAUAAACAGGCUAAAAGUCUGUCUGCAGGUCUUAAGCGGAAGUUAUGUUUUGCACUGAGCAUGCUAGGGAACCCUCAAAUUGUGCUCCUGGAUGAACCAUCGUCUGGGAUGGACCCCAAGUCUAAGCAGCGUAUGUGGAGAGCUAUGCGCGCUGCCUUUAAAAACAAACAGCGUGGUGCUAUCUUGACAACGCACUACAUGGAGGAGGCAGAAGCAGUGUGUGACCGAGUAGCCAUCAUGGUUUCUGGCCAAUUACGGUGCAUUGGUUCCAUACAGCAUCUAAAAGGGAAAUAUGGUCGAGGUUACAGUUUGGAAAUUAAGCUUCAAGAAGAGCUCACAGGCCUCCAGCAGGUGGCACUACUACACAAGGAAAUACUAAGGAUCUUCCCUCAUGCUGCACGCCAAGAAAGUUUUGCCACCUUGAUGGUUUAUAAAAUUCCAAUGGAGGAUGUUAAAUCACUAGCCGAAGCCUUUUCUCAGUUAGAGAGUGCUAAGCAAAGCUUCAAUUUUAAAGAAUAUAACUUUUCUCAGUCUACCUUGGAACAGGUUUUCAUGGAAUUUGCUAAAGAGCAGGAGAAUGAGGAGGAGGACGUGGGCUCUCUCAGCACCACCUUUCAGUGGCAGCGCCUCCCGCAGGAUAGCAGAGUGUCUGUCAAUCAUUCUGAUAGCAUUGUGCACCAGUUGUGAGCCAGCCCUUUCAGCCCUCUGUCUCUGCCCAUGUGUCUCACUCCAAGAUAGUUGGUGCCCCGAUAUGAGGUGCCACUGGUAUGAAGGUCUGGAGAUGCAUGGAGCUUGCAAAGGCACUUACUCAACCAGCAUGACUGCAUCAUUCACGUCUCAGCUGACACUUGCUGAAGCUGCAGUUGAGAUUGGGAGAUUAAAAUUUUGUUGAACUUCACCCCCUAUUUAUAGUAUUUACCUUUGCUACUUACUGGCCUUUGUGAACAGGUUUAUACCAUGUUCAUUUAUGUCUUGGGCUUAUCUACCAGCAGCUGGGUGAUGUCAUGCGUGUUGAAUCAAUCAAAAGGUGGGAAAGUAAUGCAACAGAGGGAUAUCGCCGAAUCACUUUCUCACAUCAUAUAUUAAAGAAGGUGCUUUUCGUUUUUGUAGCAAGAGCUCUAUACUUACAAUAUAUUGUGUAUAUACUCUUGUGUAUAUACUUUGUUUUUGGGGUUCUGAUGCAUGUGCUUGAACCUUCACAAGCACAGUGGGGCUGUGGAGGGUAAGACUUUAUUCUAGCUUCUAUCUCAGCCUUGAAAGUGUUUUUUUUUUUUUUUUUUUCUGGCUUUGUCAGUAUAUGACAGCACUGCUGAGACAUACCAGCAUGUGGAGACUGUGUUUCACAACCCCAUUAUGAGGCAUGAGGAGUGUCCUCUGUCCCUGCUGCACCAGAAGAGCUCCAGGACUCCCUUUCUAACACCAGCACGCGCUUCAGGCCCUCACACAUUCAGCUGUUCAUAGACUUCAACCUGAUCAGUAGGCAUAGACCUGUAAACAGCAACAAAUCACUGUAAGAAAAAUUAUUUCACAAAACAAUGCUUGACUCCCCCAAGCACCCUCUUUCUUUCAGUGCGUGUGUGUGUGUUUUCUUUUCCUUGGGGCCUUCCUUACACCAUCUUCUUCUAAUGUAAAUGUCGUAAAUGAUUGAAUGUUGAAUGCGGUUUUCCAUGCACUCCACUUACAUGCAUGUAGCACUCCAGAUUUAUCAGAAUUGGAAACAUGGCCUAGAGGUUGUGGGGAAGGCUUUGAAGUCAGAAGACUCUCUUCCUUUCCUGUUUUAAUUAUUUAACAUUAUUUCUCAGCAAGUCCUUGAACACAUGAUGGGACUGUGUGUGUUAUUGAAAAGUGGGAUGGUAAAAGUUGUUUUAUCCUAUUGUUGUAGCAAAGAUUUAGAGCUGUAUGCUGGAGAAUCUGCUUUUUAAAGGACGGAGCAUGUUUUUCAUUUAAUUCAGUUAAUUUAAAUGUGUUCUCUGGUUGUUGCUUCUUUGGAACAGGACACACGAAAAACAAUGGUAACAACAAUACAAUCUUAAAAUAGGAGAAUGAGCAGACUUAUCACAAGUAUGUAGUUUAAAAUUAGCAAAAAUAUCCAUAUUUUAUUCUAAUGCAGUUCAGUGCAACUAGAGAAAUGAUUUCAUGUUUCAGUAUGUCAAAAGAAAGUGCAGUUCAAAAUUCAGCAGCAGUUUUAUUAUAAAUCUCUCUUCUUUCCAGAUUAGCAGUUAGACUUUUCAUGCAUAGUAAAUUUAUUUUUUUUGCAUUUUCUUGUCGGUGCUUGAAUGGAAGAAUUUCUCCUAUUAAAUACUGUAUUUAUUGUCCAGAAUGAGUCAUUAGCAUGCAGUUGAACUCAUCAGCUCGGCACCUUUACCAGAGUGCCAGUUUUAAGCCGUUAUUCUGCCACACAAGGAGCUGUGUAAAGUUAUUGUAGCUUUUAUCAAUAUAAAAAGCUGUUUCAAGUCUAGGUGUUCGGCUACUUGUUUGUACAGAUUUCCUCUUCUACGGCACAAUUCAACUUUUACAAAAUUGUUUUUUUGUCCCUGAAUAUAACCUGCUGGAGGUAUUCUGCUUGAAUCAGUAAUUCAUAAUAAGAUGGUGCAGUGUAGUCAUUUUGGUAUGUCUCUAUUUUAUUUACAUUCGGUUAGGGUCUUUUUUUUUUUUUUUUUUUGAGGGCUUUAGAAUUUUUUUUGGUGUAUUUAUACUCAACAGAAUUGUCCUGCUGUCCCUUACAACUGGCCAUCAUGAAGUACUAACAUUUUAUAUGUAAUAUUAAUAAGAGGCACGUUAAAAAUUUUAUGUAACGUGUCCAACAGCAUCAUUAGUAAUGCACCAACCUAAGCAGCGAGACCAGUUGUGUAAGCUGUGAAACAUGCGUAGGGUGAUUUUUGGAACAGUUCUACUUAAGGCACCACUACUUUUUGUUUGUGUAUUGAUAAAGUGGCGAGUUGCAAUUUUUUACUAAAUGAGCUUUAUUUUUGCACAUAUGUAGCCUCUUCUACUGGUAUGGCUAAACAUCUGAAUGAUGUUGCUUCUCGUUUCCUAGGGUUUGGGAUAUGUUAAAUGAAAUCUGCCUUGGUCAAAUAUAAAUAUUCUAAUUUUUACCAAAGUGCAAUAUAGGAAAACCUUUUUGUGUAGGUGCGGUCACUGCUUUCUGUAUAUGAUAAGUCAUUACAUAAAUACAAUAUCAUGAUCUUUUGUGAACUCAAAAGUGUCUUGCAGUAAAAUGUAGCCACCAAUAUGUUACUUUGCAGAAUGCGUUUGCUUUGUACACUCUUUAUUUAGUGCCCAGUACUGAAAAACUAAUAAAAAUCAUUUGAUUAUAGAUUGAAUUUAAACAACAAUUCAUUCAACAGCUGAAGUGGUUAUUUUAAUAGCAGAUGUUUACAGGGAUUGUUGCCCUCUUUAUUUCUGUUUUCCAGGAUAUUAUUAUUUUCUUUUUUUACAUUUUCAUAUAUAGUAUUUGAUCAUUUUAAACACAGCUUAUAGUACUCAUGCUCAUGACUGAUUUUAAUUUGAUCAUCUCAGGACACUGGAGAUUUUUUUUCCCUUUCUUUUCAAAUGGAUUUAUCUGUAUUAUGCAAUCUUUUGAAGGAGUGUGCACUAAUUUUCUGAUAACUCGUGUGUGUGUGUGUGUGUGUGUGUGUGUGUGUGUGUGUGUGAUCUGUUAUACUUGUUAUUAAUUUUUGUGAUUAUUGACAGUUAAUUUCUUCAACAUGUGUUUGGUAAAAGGCAUAUAACCUACAGCGAUUAAAUAAAAAUGUAAAAACUUCA